ACAUCAGACAAGUGUCAUUCAUUUGAGAAGCUGAUUCGGUCCUUGAAGGAAGACAUUGCUCUACACCCAAGGACAUCGAAACAAGACAGCUGCCCAGAGAUCCUGCGACCAGCCGGUUCCUCCAUCAUCCAUCAAGAUGGUCCUCAUUCCUUCCUUCCUUCUUAUCCUCGCCUAUCUGUCGGGAUCCUUUGGCCAAGAAGAUCUCCAGAACAAGGUCUUUGUUUUCCCGGCCGCUAACAAGAAGGCCGCCGUAUAUCUGAACGUCUCCCUUCAGGAGCCCUUGACCAACUUCACCGUCUGCCUGAGAUACUUCCCCUUGCAGUUCCGUCCCUAUACCCUCUUCUCUUACUCUACCAAGCACAAGAGCAAGGCUUUCCAGAUUGUUAAGCCCAACUCUCACACGUAUAACCUCGUAGUAGGUGGGCUGAGCCAAGUUAUCGGGCCUUUGAAGAGCUUCGAUGCGGAGUGGCAGCACGUCUGCGUGGCCUGGGACUCCACUAGUGGCGUGGUCCAUUGCUGGCUCAACGGAAAGCUUCUCCCUCGGUUUGUAAUGAGGAAGGGUUACCAGAUGGGCCAAAACGGAACCAUCUUCCUGGGGCAUGAACUGGAUUCCUGGGGCAAGAGAGAUUGCUUCUUGGGUGAAAUGGCGGAUGUCAACAUGUGGCUCCGGGUUCUGACAGAGGAAGAAGUUAAUUCGGUCAAGAAAAACGACGACAUCCCUAAUGCUUGGCUCAGAUGGAGAGCCUUUAAUUACACCGCUCAGGGUGGGGCCUGCGUCGAAAAGGCCCUGCACCAGGUUUUCUGAGCGCCUGAUAGGCAGGCCCUGCGUUCGAGAAAGCAAACAAACAAACAAACAAAAAAAAUACGGAAGAAAAGCAAUUUUCUUCGGGAAAAAUAAUAAUAAUCCGUAGCUUUGCAAAUGCAUUGCAGGUAGCUUGAAAUAGAUCGUGAUUGAUCUGUAGACGGUCCACGCCCGCCAAUCCCGAAGGGGGGGGCGUUCAAAUCUCCUGGCAAUAAAAUUAGCUGUUUAUUCAUGA